GAGCCAUAUUUUCUAGUACAGUACCCUGCAAAUACGAAUACUUAAUUUUCUCUUUUCUUGUAUUAGAUAACUUUAUUAGUUAUUUGAGUGUUAUGGGAAGAGUAUGUGAAAGCCCAUUAGGAGUUUUACUAUUUUGGUAAUGUCUGUGUAUUUAACACCGCAGCAAUAUUUGGUUUGGGGAAUUAGUUCAAUACAACUUUAAAAGGGCAGCGAGAAACAGAACCUGCACAAAUGAAGCGCCAAUUCACGGCAGCAGCGCGAAAUGCUCUCUCAAUGGCGGCAAGCGUCACUAACAGCUGACCGAGACCUCCUUUAAAUGAAACGGCUGAUGUUAAAAUCACAUUGCGAAGGAAAAGUAAGAAAAACAAAACUUACGAAUUGUAAAUGGUGCGUCUUUCAUUUCCUUUGAAACAGAAAGCUGGAUUUAAAAUAAUCUGAGGGGGUUUAACAUUUACAGUCCUCCAGCUUUCUGGUGUCACAACCAUAGCUAAGGAGGAUUGUGGCCAGACCCUUCUAUUAUUCUACUCUUGUACAGCAAUACAGGAUGAUUCAGACUAAUUGCUACAAUGGAGGAAAUAAUAAAAGGGUUGGAGAAGAAUAGUCGAUUACGAGACUCUUCAUGUGAAGCAGAACUCCACGAACUAAUACAUCAAAUUGAUGUAAUGGUAAGCUGUAAAAACACAGAAUGGGAACAACAUUCACAAAGCCUUGAGACCCAGCUUGAAAUGCGUGAACUUGAAUUGAACAACAUGCAGACUUGCCUUGAGCAGAAGCAUCAUGAGGUGGGUAAGCUUCGUCAGCAGCUAGAAGACUUUGAGAACUUUCACAGGGAAAUGAUACUUAAAUAUAAAGAACGUCUUAAGUCCUUUAAAUCUGAUCUCCGUAAGCUACAAAGUAGUUAUGAGAAACUACAAAAACAUCAACUGAAGCAAGCCAGAGAGCCACGCAAAUUAGAGAUCAUUGGUGAAAAUGGGGAGACUGACUCAAAGCAGAAGAUGCUAAAUAGCAAUUUGGAGGCACAAAGUUCUGAUGCCUACUGGAAUUGCAGGAAGCAGAUAGAGUUAUGUGAAUCAGAAAUAAAGUACUUAAAGAGUUGCAUGGAGAAUGCUCAAGACACCAUAAAGAGUGAUGAGACUAUCAUCGAACAGCUGAAGCUUACUAUUGAGCAAAAAAGCACCAAUGAAGAAUUAAACCAGAAGAAUCAACAAAAGCUGUCGGAAGAAAUUAAAUGUUACCAAAGGAGAUGUCAGAAAAUGGAAUCAGAAAUUACAGAGCUACAAAUUGAAUUGCAGUCACGGGAUGAUCUUCUGCAAGUGACAGACAUAGAGCAAAAGCAACUGCGCAGGGAACUAGCCAGGGCCAAAGGAUCCCUAAUGCGUAAAGAUAGAGAUAUUAGGUUAAUGAAACAAAAUUCAUCAAAUAUGAUGACUGGUGAACUAACUAAUUUUGAAAUGGAAUGUCAAAGUUCGUUGAAACAUCUUUGGGCCAGCAGUAAGACUGAAACACUGCUGCAGACAGAGAUCCUGAGGUUAAAUGCAGAGCUUGAGUUAUCCCAUACAUAUUGCAGGCAGCAGAAUGAUGAACUCAGCAGAAAAGAGGAGGAGUUACAGAGAUUGCAGAAUGAAUAUGUGGAAGCGAACAAGGAAGUCAAUAAAUUGAGGGACUGUCUAUGUCAGGAGGAGCAGUUGCAUAGUUCUGAGAUGGUAGAAAUUCGAACAGAGAUCUCCAACCUGACUAUAGAACUCGAUCAAAAAGAAAUCACCAUAACAACUGUCACAGAGAAAGCUGCUUACCUGGAAAAGCAACUCAAAAUUGAGCUGGAGAAAACAGAACAAAUAUUGGCUGAAUAUUGGGUGGCUAAGGAGCAGCUUGGAUCUCUUAAAGCAGAGAACCAACAGUUGAAGAAAAAUCUGCAAACUCUGGAGGGCAGAAUACCAAUGAUAGAAGGUUAUCAAGUUAAGGAGAUGCAAAAUGCUUACAUGGCCUCUAUUAGUGAAUUGGGGUAUGAUAAUAAACGGUUACAGAAAGACUUGGUCAAAUUACGAGCAGAGUUGGAAAUGUCCUCCAAGACUAGCCAGGAGAAGUAUGAGGCAGCUCUUCGUCAUACACAACAGGCUGUAGCAGAGAUGAAAGAACAUGAAGACAGGAGAGUUAAGAAACUUCGACAAGAAAAUGAACAACAAAUGAACACAAUGAAAAUCAAACUAGAUGAAACUAUACAUCAUUAUGAGGGGAAAAUUAGGAACCUUCAGAAGGGCUACAGCAUUCAAAAUAACUUGAGAAAUUCUGUACCUGGAUUUGCAGGCAAAAAAAACAGGGAGUACUCACCAGAAAGGAAGCCAACUUCUUCAAAACUAUUGACAGCUAACAGCACUUCUUAUUGGCAUAGCAGUGAUAUCACAAGUGUAAAUAUCCCUGACAUUUCUCCAACCUGCAUCCAUCCUGAGGAGAGUUUCCUGGCUCCGAAUCCCACAGAGAUGUCAGACAUUUCUUCAGUAACAGAGCAUUUCCUCAAAGAAGAAGAAGAACGAGCCCGAGUGUUGGAGAAGCUGCUUAAUUCCCACGUUGAUGAACUGCAAACUGAUUCAAAAUGUACAGUUAAGAUGUAUGCUGGAGCUAAAGUAGAUAUGCCUGCUACCACAGCUUUAUUGUGUAACUGCACAUUUCAAGAAAUCUGAAGUGCUAUGGACUGUAUUAUGUAGAAUGUAAUGAAUGGACCAUUGACAUUGUUGCUAACAAAAAGUGUUUGCAUAUCUGCAACUGUUAAAGAAUUGCACGCAGAAAGCUGACAAUUUUAAGUUGUUCAAAACAUAUGAAGUGAACUUUUUAAUAUGAAGUAUUAAUGCUUUAUACAUCUAGAUGAAAAUACUACUCUGUAAUACGGGUUCAAUUUUUACAAUUUAUUAUUAAUAUUGUUCUUUCAUUGUCAGUUUUGAAACAUUUAAAUUGGGGAAACUUAAAGGAAUGGCUGGAUCACUGAGGCAUUUUUGUACCAAUAUGAAUGCCUUGUGUAUGUAACAUUAAAAAGUCUAUACAUAAAACGUCAAAAGUUG